AUGAGUUGUGUUCUGUUGCUUGCACUGACAUUGCUAGUCAAUUCCAUUUAUGGCGACUAUUUUGUGAGUGACAGGCCAAAUUUCAGUACAAUUGGCAUACUUUUGCAGACGUCAACCACGUUCAUCUUCCAAAACACGUGCCCCAGCAGCACUACGUCGACUACUUUGACCACGAAGACGACAAAAACCACGGUCACGCCUACAACCACGACUACAGUUAGUGUAUGUUUGUGAGAAGAAAUAGUGCAAAAAAUAAUCCGAUUCAUUGCAGGAAUCUUCGACAGAUCCGACGUCGACCACCAGUAGAAGCGUCGAAUCGCCGACGAGCCUGCCAACUUCGACGUCCACAACUGAAUCGAGCACCACGGAAGAGGGGAGCACGAGAGGUUUGAGCACUUCGUCCUCUGUCGCCACUUCCUCGCAAACGACUCGGGCAUCUGAAACAAGUAGCAGUGCUGCCGCUACUUCGACUUUGACAAUUCCAACGUCUUCUCCAUUUUCCUCCCUCUCCUCGUCCACUUCUGCACACACUCUUACCGAUUCUCAGUCGACAUCCUCGACGACUCUCGUCACUUCGACAGCUGAAACAAGUAGCACCACUCGUGUCCCGGCUGCUAGCAGUUCUUCUUUGCCCUCCACUACGUCUCCAUCAUCGCCUUCCCUUGCCUCAUCAGUUUCGACGUCCACUUCUACUGGUUCUCAAUCGACAUUAACAACUACUUUAUCUAUCUUUUCCUCUUCUAGCCCUCUCGAUUCCACAAUGUCCACUUCGCCGAUUGUCACCUCAACGGCCGUUUCCGACGUGACGUCUCAAUCUGUAGGCAGUAGUGAAAGAACUACGAGUGCUGAUUCAACAGUGGGUGUGUCGUCCACAGUUUUCGCUUCUACACAAAAAUCGACGUCAACAAUGACGUCUCAGGAACGUAUCACUUCGCCAUCUUUGUCGUCUACUCGCUCCAUUCCAUCAACAACGUCUACUGGAGAAACCGAAUCGAACACGCUCUCCUCCACUGCCCUGUCGUCUUCAUCUACGCAUAGCACCAACACUCCAACAACUUCAAUGACAUUGACUUCUUCUACCGAGCUAAUGGACUCCAGCACCUCUUCUGCAACGAAAACGUCGUCUACCUCGACCAGCACGUCUCAACCUACGGAGUCUACCAUCGAAUCAACUGUCACUUCUCCAUCCACCCGAGACAGCACACUCGCUCCGUCAACAAGUGAGAAUGAAGAGUCAUCAAGUACUUCUCAGCCACCGGCCACUACAGUAAUUUUAUCCUCUGUGCAGUCUUCCGAUCACACUACUUCCACAACUCCCACAACGUCGUCGACGGUCCCUUCGACAUCCGCGUCUUCUGCCUCCGCUACCAGUACUCUGUCGUCGUCGACGUCACCUUCAAUUACCACUUCUGACGUGAGGUCUUCUUCCACAACUUCUCGUGUGUUUGCUUCGAGCUCAACUUCCCAGUCUACAGUCCCGUCAUCCUCUACAAGUUCCACAACGGCACGGACAUCUCCAGAGGCGACGUCCACGUCAACAAAGCAAUCUACAUCAUCAUCGGCAAGUAGGGCUUUGAGUGCAAAGAAAACUUCCGCUAACCCACUCAUUUCUAGCACCACUUUAGGUAAGAACGUUCCAGAACGAAUUAAAGAAUAUUGCAUUUUCAGGUUCCUGCAACACAUCUUUCACCGCUCAAAGCACCUACAACAAGAACAACUGGCUGCAAACCAACUUUCCGAGAGAUGGAGUGAGUGAUUCAACACAAAUCUGCAAUAAAACUGAACCCAUUCAGAGAAUGGGAUGUCAGAACACGACACACACUGGUGGAUUUGUCGCAAUACCGAAAGAGUACAGAAUUGCGCGCCAAAUCCUCAAGUUGCAAGCGGAAUACAUUUGUGGACUGCUUGAAUGGCAGGAAAAAAUGGUGCCAAAGUUUAUGGCACUUCACCCGAACUACGAUGCAUUCAUCGUUGUCAUCAAUGAUUAUCAGGUAGACAAACAUGUCAGAUUAUUUGUUAAUAGCAUCUGAAAGCUUUCAGAACAUCGUACUGGUGUCGACCGCUACGAAUGGCAAUACGUUUACGAAGGAGAAAACAGAUAAAGAGUUCGAUUCGAUUAACACGAUUUUAUACAUGGCUUGUUACGACCACUACCACACCAACUUUCCUGACGAUAUCCUUACUGUAGCCAUGAAAAAGCUAAACUUCGUAACAACUUGUGAUAUUGAUUACACUGUUUAUUGA